AUGACUCGUAUGGGGAGACAACAAGAACAACAACAGAUUGAGUUGGAUAACCUCCACCAACGAAUGAACUAUCACCAUAGCAACUGGAUGAACUGCAAUUCACGGAUGAUUGCUAUGGAGAAUCAAAACGAUAUUGCUCUCUCUCUGGCACAUGGAAUAGAAGAAAGGCAUGUAGCACUCAAAGAAAUUCAUGAAACACUUGAAGAAAGGCAUGUAGCACUCGAAGAAAACCAUGAAACACUCGAAGAAAGGCACGCAACUCUCGCAGCAGACCAUGCAGAACUGGUUGCAAAGCACACCGAGUUGUCCAAUGUGGUGGCUCAAUGGAUGAAUUUCUGGUGA